UCCGGUUUCAAAAGAUCAAAAGAACUCUUACACUCUCGAAAAUGAUCAAAUUAUUGUAUUACUCUUUGAUCGCUUAGAAUAUUUUCUUUGUAAGACCGCGCGACUACCGAACGGGGUGUAGCAUUUUUUUUAUCCUGAUCACAGAUGGCAAUGAUGGUCUUAUCCCGAAGUGUUUUAACAGUAGUUUUAACCACUGAUCUCUAUAGAGAUUUAACCAUUCAUCUCUACCUAUACCAACGAGGUCUGAAUUCGUGCCUAUACAUACGUAUGUAUGUACAUCAGUGAUUUUAACCAUGCGCACAUGAUCCUCAUCCUAUCAGUGCAGUGUCCACUGUCUAGAGUCGAGCACGCGAUGGAAGGAGCAGUAGGAAUGUUGCUAACCUUGAAUUUUUACCAAUGACAAGUAAUUAUGUAAUAAACAAAGUCAGUACGUUGAUUGUCGUUAUUAUGUGGUUCAUUUAAUAGAUCAAACAUACUGAAAUGCUGACAUCAGGGAGACGCAGGUUGAUAUCUGAUGUAACUCGGCUACUAAGAUAUGACGCACGCUCUAGUCACAAAACUCAGCUUAAAUAUACUGUUAAUUAUUGUUCCUGCCGACAGAUACCUACUUCUUCAGUUGAUAUAAACAAAAAUUAUACAACGUACACAAAUAAUGUCAAACCCUUAAGCAUAACCAGUAAACAGAUACCAAAUAUAAGCACAAAUAUUCGCCUGCUUCAUAAUAAAAAUGAAAUUUCACAACGACGUCACGUCAGCCUUGCUUCAACUAUUGUAAACAGAUCCUCAAAUUCAAUACAGCCUUACAUGAAACUCAUGAGAAUAGAUAAGCCAAUAGGAUCCUGGUUGUUAUUUUGGCCAUGUGGCUGGAGUAUAGCACUAGCUGCUCCAGCUGGUGCGACACCUGAUCUACAAAUGCUGGCAUUAUUUGGUCUAGGUGCAUUUAUUAUGCGUGGUGCUGGAUGUACUAUAAAUGACAUGUGGGAUAAAGAUAUUGAUGGAAAGGUAACCAGAACUAAAGACAGGCCUUUAGUUAGUGGACAAAUUACACAGUUGGAAGCAUUAGUUUUUCUAAGUGGUCAACUAGGUAUUGGUCUCUUGAUACUUUUGCAACUGAACUGGUUCAGUAUUCUUCUUGGUGCUAGUUCUUUAGCUCUUGUAGUGAUUUAUCCAUUAAUGAAAAGGGUAACACAUUGGCCACAACUCAUUUUGGGGAUGACUUUUAACUGGGGAGCCUUGCUAGGAUGGUCUGCUGUCCAAGGCAGUUGUAAUUGGUCGGUUUGCCUGCCGCUGUACAUAGCUGGUGUUAGUUGGACUAUUCUUUAUGACACUAUCUAUGCUCACCAGGACAAAGUGGACGAUAUUUUAUUAGGAAUAAAAUCAACAGCAUUAAAAUUUGGGAGUGAUACGAAACUUUGGCUGUCUUGUUUUGGGACAACCAUGAUCAGUAACUUAGUCGCUUCUGGAUUUAUGGUCGACCAAACUUGGCCAUAUUACAUUACUGUAGGAAUUGUUGGAAGCCAUCUUGCCAAACAGAUAUAUACACUGGAUAUUGACAACCCUGCAGACUGUGCAAAAAAGUUUACGUCCAAUCACAGAGUGGGGCUUCUACUGUUCACAGGUAUAGUAUUAGGUAAUUUAGUAAAUAAGAAGAAAAACCGAUCAGAAAGUGGUAAAGAUAAAAAUCUGAAUCCGACAGGAGAAGGAAAAUAGACCACUAACUCAACUUAUUUUCAAUUGAAGCCUUUAUUCAAUAGUUAUUAGUCAGUGCCAUCCUAAUGUAUGUAAUGUCUGACAUGGCAUAUGCUGAUUGCAGUGAAUUGUACUAAUGAAAAGUAGUUUCAAGUACACAAUUAUCUCAUAAAGAAAUUCGUAAUCUUAGUUUACUAUUUUGAUGAUAUGGUCAACACUUUGUAUGGGUAAUACGAACUGUGAUUGUGCUACGUGUGUAAAUAAAAAUUCGAAAUCCAAAGAUGAUGAAGAUAUAGGGUAUAUGAGUAAAUUGAAGAGUACAAUACAUUAUAUGUAUAAAUAUUUCGCUCCAUUUAUUAAACAAGAAAUGGUACAUA